UUCGCCGAGACGAUCUAUGUACUCAGCCACACACCUUAGGAAUUAUAAUAUUUCCACAUCAAAUUUCAUUUGCUUCACUUGAUUUGAAGCAUAAAAUGUAUGAGCAAGUAUAUACUUUCGUAUUCGCAAUGCACGAGGUAUGUAUGUUUUGUUGACUGAUUCGCAAUCAUCAGACCCGAACCUCGCUUGCAGGCCGCAUACAUAUGUGCCUACCAAACCUACCUGGGCAAGUUGCAUACCCAGCAGGUAGAUUCAAACAAUUCACUGAAUCGUCAAUAUGCCGCCACGACCAUCACCGACGCAUUUCUUAUGCUUACCACUUGUCACGGGAGCAUCUCGCCAUCAACUUUCGGUAAAUCUAUCAGCUUUCAAGGCGGAUGUGACUAGCCCGGAAAGCUUUGCUAUACCGGAGCAGGCUGUUCGGCCGCUGGGGACGCUGCACCUAACCAUCGGUGUCAUGAGCCUUCUUAAGGACGAAGAGCGGGAGAAGGCGGUGGCGCUACUGAAGGAACUCUGCCCGAGUAAAAUCUUAGCCAGCAUUCAAGCAGCUGUUGUAGCUCCAACUACUGCAAGUUUGGCUCAAGAAGCGAACCAAAAAGGCAAAGAGCCAUCGGGUCCGUUGCUAUCCAUAACACUUAAGGGCCUACACUCGACGGCAAAGAAGACAUCGGAUGCCUCGGUGUUGUUUGCCUCGCCGGUCGACACCGAGGGCACGCUGCUGAAAUUUUGCGAGAACCUGCGGUCUGCGUUUCAGGAAGCCGGGUUGAUGGCUGUGGAAAAUCGGCCGAUGCUGCUACAUGCCACGAUACUGAACACGAUAUACGUCAAAGGGAGAAAAGGGAAAGGCGAGAGGAGGUCCAGGAAGCUGACGAUCGAUGCGCGCGGGAUAUUGAGUCGCUACGAUGACUUCGUGUGGAUGGAGGAUGUGCCGGUUGAGAAGAUCGCGAUUUGUAGGAUGGGCGCAAAGAAGCAAGAGGACGGCGAUGAGGCGUAUGAAGUCGAAGCAGAGAUUGACCUGGUUUGAUAUACAGUGGUUAGUAUAUUCAAGUUCAAAGUUACCAGACCUACGUGGUAAGGAUGAAAAUGUUGAAUAUUCAAUGUUUAGCAAAAAAAAAAGAUGGAAUUGACAUUUUUAAAGUUAGGGGAGUGUUCAAGGCCUUAUGUCGUACAUGUGCUUAGCAGUGCUAGUACAUAGUUACAUUAGGUAAAUAAUACUUGUACAUGCAUGUGCCCAUGCAUAU